AUGAGUAACGAGACGGAGGAGACACCGUUGGGUAAUCCCAGCUCUACGACGCUGAGAGACGAGGAGGACGAAAUUGCCAACGAUGUGGGCGGUAGUGGUGCGCCCAGCGACGAGGAGGAAGGGGAGGACGUGUUUGACUCCUCUGAGGAGGAUGAAAACUUGGACGACGACGAAGAGGAGGCGCAGAAGGUGAAGGAGGGGUUUAUCGUUGAUGAUGAAGAUGAGGAUGCGGGCGUCUCUAAGAGAAGAAAAAAGCAUAAGAGGAGACCGAGAGAGAGGGAGGAUGAGGAGGAUAGGCUUUCUGAGGAUGAUUUGGAUCUUCUGAUGGAGAACGCCGGUGUGAAACGCUCGAACACGGACACUGCUUCCUCCGGUAAGCUUAAAAGGUUGAAAAGAGCCGGUGCUGGCGGCGAUGACGGAGCGGAGACCAACGACUCCAGACGUGCUGGGGGUGUAUCUGGUACCUCUCAAUUGGAUUCCAUUUUUGCAGACGAUGACAUCGACACAAACCGCGAGGGCAGAGACGGCUACGAUAACGAGGGCUACGACGAACGUACGGAUGACCGGUCACGUAAGGGGGGUAUGCUCGAUGAACUCGACGAUUUCAUAGAGGAUGACGAGUUCUCUGACGAGGAUGAGGAAACUAGGCAGGAAAGGAAAGAGGAGAGGAGAAGACAGGAGAGACAGAGGCUGAAAGCGCCAACAAAGAUUUCCGGGUUGUCUUCCGAAAAAGUCGACGAAAUGUUCGAUAUCUUUGGUGAUGGUAAGGAUUACGACUGGGCUUUGCAGAUCGAAAACGAGGAAUUGGAACAAGGUCUUGUUGUGGACGAUAUUGGAAAAGACGACAAAGAGUUCGAUGAGGAGACCGGCGCCCCAAGAACUUCUAAAACUACUCAAAUGCAGGAUAUCUUUGAUUUGGAGGACUUGAAGAAGAAUCUUUUGACCGAGGACGAUAUGAACAUCAGAAAAACGGAUAUCCCAGAAAGGUAUCAGGAAAUUCGCAAAGAUAUAACGAACUACGGUAAGUUAAACGAGGUAGAUAGAGAGUUGGAGAAAAACUGGGUCAGCGAUAAAAUAUCUGUCGACAAAAAUUUUGAAACAACUUUCGACUUGACCGAGUUCAAGGAAUCCAUUGGAAACGCAAUCAAAUUCAUCAGCCAAGAUAACCUCGAAGUCCCCUUCAUUUACGCCUAUAGACGUAACUACAUCUCUUCUAGAAUUGCAGGUGGAUUUGUACUGACAGAAGACGAUCUUUGGGAAAUAGUCAAAUUGGAUAUCGAAUUUCACAGUUUGAUCAACAAAAGAUCGUACGUGAAAAAAUUCUAUGAAGAUUUGGAUAUUCAAGAUGAUGACGUCGAUGAAUACUUCAGCAACCAAACCAGCGCAUCGGUAGCAGAAUUGAACACACUGCAGGACAUCCAUAAUUACCUGGAAUUCAAAUAUGCUCAAGAGAUUAACCAGGUGUUAACAAACCAUGCUGAUCGUUCUGGUAAAAAGCAUUUGAAAAAUUCAAGCUACGAAAAGUUCAAAUCCAGUCCCCUAUACCAAGCUGUAACUGAUAUCGGUGUCAGUGCUGGACAGGUUGGUGAGAAUAUUAGUUCCCAACAUCAAAUCCACACCGCAGUUGAUCACCCAAGUAUGGCACCCAAUCAGAUCAUCGAAUCCAUCAUAAGUGAAAACUCUGACGACUUGCAGAUAUUCUCUAGGAACAACGCUCUUGCUGUCGAUACGGUGAAAAAGUAUUACUCCCUGGAAUUAUCGAAGAAUAUCAAAAUAAGAGAAAAAGUUAGGGCCGAUUUCUACAAGUACUACCUGGUCGACGUUGUUUUGACUAAAAAGGGUAAAAACGAAAUUCAGAGAGGCUCGCUGUACGAAGACAUAAAAUACGCGAUUAAUAGAACGCCAUUGCACUUCCAAAAAGAUCCUGAUGUGUUUUUGCGUAUGCUGGAAGCAGAGUCGUUGAAUUUACUGAACGUUAGACUUCAUAUGUCAUCUCAAAGUCAGUAUAUUGAGCAUUUAUUCCAAAUAGCCCUAGAAACCACAGAUACUUCUAGUUUGGCUACUGAAUGGAACAAUUUCCGUAAAGAAGCUUUCAAGGAUGCUUUGAACCAUAUAUUUUCCGACAUCUCGGGCGAAAUUAAAGAUGAUUUGACCAAGACAUGUCAGAAGUUGGUUGCUAAGGUAGUUCGCCACAAAAUGAUGACCAAGUUGGACCAAGCUCCAUUUGUUCCCAACAUGAAGGAUCCUAAGAUCCCAAGGGUACUGACCUUGACAUGUGGUCAAGGUAGAUUUGGAUUGGAUGCAAUCAUUGGUGUCUUCGUGAACCGGAAGACUGAUUUCGUGAAAGACUUUAAAAUAAUUCAAAAUCCUUUUGACAAGUCUAACCCUCAGGCCUUUGAUGAUGAGUUAGAUAGAAUUAUUGAGAGCUGUCAGGUGAACGCCAUUGGUAUCAAUGGGCCAAAUCCUCAGACCGAAAAAUUCUACAAGAGAAUCCAAGAGGUUAUCCACAGGAAAGAGAUUGUCGAUAACAGAGGGCAUGCCGUUCCAGUCAUAUAUGUGGAGGAUGAGAUUGCGCUUCGGUAUCAAAGUUCGAAACGUGCUUCCGAAGAAUUCCCCAAUAAGCCUCCUCUUGUCAAAUAUUGUAUUGCCUUAGCGCGCUACAUGCAUUCGCCAUUACUUGAAUACGCAAGCUUAUCAGACGACGAGAUAGUUUCAUUGAGCAUCCAUCCUUUCCAGACGUUGCUGCCAACAAACAUUUUGCUCCAAGCUCUCGAGACCGCUUUUGUGGAUAUUGUUAAUUUGGUUGGUGUCGAGGUAAACAAAGCCACGAACAACGAUUAUUACUCUAGAUGCCUGAGGUAUGUAGCAGGCUUUGGUAAGCGUAAAUCCAUUGACUUUGUCCAAUCUCUGCAUAGGUUAAACGAGCCGUUGUUGGCUCGUCAACAACUGAUCACUCAUAACAUUUUGCACAAAACGAUAUUCAUGAACGCUGCUGGUUUCUUGUAUAUAUCGUGGAAUGAGAAAAGGCAAAGGUACGAAGAUUUGGAGCACGAUCAGCUGGACAGUACAAGAAUCCAUCCUGAGGAUUAUCAUUUGGCUACAAAAGUUGCUGCCGACGCAUUAGAAUACGACCCUGACGUAAUUGCCGAGAAGGAAGAUCAAGGUACAAUGAGUGACUUCAUAGAUUAUUUGAGGGACGACAAUGAUAAGAGGGCAAAACUUGAAUCAUUGAACUUGGAACAAUAUGCCGAGCAAUUGGAGCAAAAGACGGGACAAAGAAAGCUGAAUAAUCUGAGCACCAUUGUUCUCGAGCUAUUGGACGGUUUUGAGGAACUUAGAAAUGACUUCCAUCCAUUACAAGGCGAUGAAAUAUUCCAUACUCUUACUGGUGAAACUGAAAAAACCUUCUCUAAAGGCUGUAUCAUUCCUGUACGAAUUGAAAGAUUUUGGCACAAUGACAUUAAGUGUGUUACAAAUUCUGGUGUUGAAUGCACAGUUAACGCACAGCGCCAUGCCGGCGCCGAAUACAAGAGGUCCGCGAGUGAAAUGUACGAAUUGGGUAAAACGUACCCAGCCAAGGUUAUCUACAUUGACUAUCCAAACAUCUCAGCAGAGGUUUCCUUGUUGGAUCACGAUGUUCAGCAUGAAUACGUUCCAAUUUCGUACAGCAAGGAUCCCUCUAUUUGGGAUUUGAAGCAAGAGUUGAAGGAUGCUGAAGAGGAGAAGAAAAUAACAAAUGAGCGGGCCCGUGAAAAGAGAACGCACCGUGUCAUCAACCAUCCUUACUAUUUCCCCUUCAACCACAGACAGGCGGAAGAUUACCUGAGAAGCAAAGACCGUGGAGAUUUCGUCAUCAGGCAGUCUAGUCGUGGUGACGAUCAUCUGACGAUUACCUGGAAGCUGGAUAAAGACUUAUUCGAGCAUAUAGAUAUUAAGGAAUUGGAGAAGGAAAACCCACUUGCCUUAGGUAGAAUACUUGUUGUGGACAACCAAAGGUACCACGACCUGGACCAGCUUAUUGUGGAGUAUCUGCAGCACAAGAUAAGACUGCUCAACGAAAUGAUUUCUAACGAAAAAUUCAAGCGUGGUACUCCGAAGGAGGUUACAAAAUUCAUCGAGGACUAUUCCAAGGUGAACCCUAAAAAGUCGGUGUAUUACUUCAGUUUGAAUUAUGAUCACCCGGGCUGGUUCUACAUCAAUUUCAAAAUUAACGCCGACAAGCCAUUGUACACGUGGAACGUGAAACUGACAAAUACGGGAUUCUACUUGGUAAACUACAACUAUCCAAGUGUGGUCCAGCUAUGUAACGGUUUCAAAACAUUGUUGAAGGCUAACCGGAACAAGCAGUUGACUGGGUGA